GUGUGUUCACUCGCUGGAGAAAAAAAAACGCCAGUAGAAGAAGAGGCGGCGGAUGUAAACGGAUUGCUAGCCGUUGUAUUGGAGACAGUUAUUCUCUGAAUAUGUGAGUAUUUGCAGUAAAGAUGUCUUCAGUUCAGCCGCAGAGGAGAUUUAUGAACCAGCAUUUAACUCCUGCUGAAGAAACCGACCCAGAGUUUGAAGAAGUCAUCGUGAAAUCGGAGGACGAGCUCGAUGAUCAGUCCAGUCUGCUGGAUUUCUCCCAAGAAGACAUCCACCAGGAUGAUGUUUGGAAAGAGGAGGCGCUCGCCGAUCAGGAGAGGAGCUCCAGAUUUGAUGAAGAGGAUCCCGAACCUCUGCAGAUGAAAGAGGAGCAGGUUGAGUUUGGACAUCUGCAGAUAAAAGAGGAAGACAUGGAGCUCCUUGUCAGUCAAGAUGAGGAACUGCUUGAGCUGAAGGAGGAGUCUGACACCUUCAUGGUGACGCCUACUGACGAGGAAAGCUUUCACACCGAACCAGAACCAAACUGGUACCCGCUCGACUCUCAGGACUCCCCUGAAAGUGACAACCAGGAUCAGGAAGGAAGCAUUUCAGAAGACUGGGGGUCAAAGAGUGAUGAAGAGCAAAUGCUAAAUGAACGGGGUCAGGAAACGAGACAAUAUAAUCAGUAUUCUGAGAGCUCAAAUCAAGAAGGGCACAGUGCUCACAAAGAAAAGAAACAAUAUUCUUGUAAAAUGUGUGAUAAAAGCUUUUCCCAGAAUAAUAACCUGACGAUACACAUGAGAAGUCACACAGGGGAGAGGCCUUUCUCAUGCGAGACAUGUGGCAAAGGUUUUACUACAAAAUCGAAUUUAACCCUUCACUUGAGAACUCACACAGGUGAGAAGCCUUUUCCGUGCGUGACCUGUGGAAAAAGCUUCAGUCUAAAAUGUAUUUUAACUGAGCACAUUAGAACUCACACUGGUGAGAAACCCUUCCCAUGUCUGGUCUGUGAGAAAAGUUUCCCCUCCAAAAACCAUUUGAAUAAGCAUUUGAGAAGUCACACUGGUGAGAGGCCAUUCUCAUGUAUCACCUGUGGGAAAAGGUUCAGUCUGAAGUGUAAUUUAACUGAACAUAUGAGGACUCACACUGGUGAGAAGCCUUUUCAGUGUUUGGCUUGUGACAAAAGUUUUAACUCUAAAAACCAUUUGAAUAAACACCUGAGAGUCCACACAGGUGAGAGGCCUUUCUCCUGCAUGAUCUGUGGAAAAAGGUUCGCUCAGAAAAGUUGUUUAACGGAUCACAUGAGAACUCACACGGGGGAGAAACCUUUUCUUUGUGAUAUGUGUCAGAAAGCCUUCAGCCUGAGGAGCAGCUUGAAUAACCACAUGAGAACCCAUACAGGUGACAAGCCUUUCUCAUGCGACACCUGUGAAAGAACGUUCACGUUAAAGAGUCGUCUGAAUAGACACAUGAGAUCUCACACAGGGGAGAAACCGUUUACAUGUAAUGCAUGUACUAAAACCUACAGCCUUAAAAGUAGUUUGACCAAACAUAUGAAGACUCACGUUGGCUAGGAGCAUUUCUUCUGUAUACAGUGUAGAGAUAAAGAUGUUAGUAACCACUAACAUAUUUUAAUGUAAUAUGAAAGAUAGUGACUGUUCACUAGGGUUGGACAUAAAGCUUUAUUAUGAAAUUUUGUGGUGCCGUUGUGAUAACAAUAAAAGUGAUAAUAAGAACUAUUUAUUACAUCUCUUUUAGGUAACUUUAGGAAUAUGACUGCUCUUGAAAAACAUUCCCAUUUGUAAUGAGCUUCUUUAGGAAAAAUACCAGUUUUGUAAAGAAGUGUAAUUUAUAUCACUUCUUGAAUGUUCAAAUUUAAUGGUACUUAUUGAUGCUUUUAUGGAACAACCAGUGGAGAAAAUAGUAAAACUAUCAAUCCUGAUAAUAAUGACUGUUUUAGGGUUUUUUUAAUGUCACUAAUUGGAGUUUAUAGUGGCAACGAUAAAUCAAAAUUCUUAUGAAAAUGUAUUAUGAUAAAUGACAACACCAUUAAUACCGUUUGUAGUGUUGACUUUAAAUUUAGCAAAUAUGAAUGUGAAACGUCCUUGUAUACUACUUCCUUGUAUAUAUUGGGGACAUUAAGCUAAUUGUUAAACAAGCUAAAGUCAAACAGGCCAAUGGAAAAAGACAAAACCUGGAUCAAAAUAGUUGUCAUUUGUUCUAAAGGCAAAAUUAUUGCCAACUCAUCAGUUUGUUCAGAAUUAUUAAACACAUUAAGCUCAGGUAUUUACAUAUAAAUGUUACUACAAUUUAAAGUCAUUGCAACAAUUUUUCUAUUCUCAUUCUCAUAAAAUCAAUUGUUGGUUGUUUACUAAAGUCUGGCUUUUUCACUUUUACAAUUCAAAUUCAAAAGAUACUUUAUUGAUCCCAAAAAAUUUUGAUGUCGCUCCAAUUCAUUAAUUCAAGGUUCUUCAAAGAGUUAUUGUACAUUUUUGUACGUCCAUUUGGGUCUCUACUGCUUCUAGAAAGGCUCCAGGUGUUCAAAAACAGAACAAGUUAAUAUUGUUUGGUGUCUAGACAGCAAACUGUUUCAAAAUCCUUUCGUAAUAUAAUGUUAUAUAUCAACAGGCAUUGCCCUGUUACCUAGCAACCUCAGUUGCAGAGCAACUGCUCCAGCAAAGCUUGAGCACGUUUGGUCAGCUGGUUUUACUGCUGUAUGUGCUGUACAAUGGCUGCUGGAAAAAGCAAGAGGCCCUAAAACGGCUCAUUCUGAAAAGAGCUCAAAAUAGUCUAAAUCUGUGUCUGCGAAUUAUUUUGGGUAAAAAAUGUUAUGAAGGUGUUUUGUGUAGCCCGCAGUCCUAUCCUGACUCGUUCAAGGAAACAUAACAAGUCCCCUUUAAGAUGGCAUUCCUGCUCCACCUCUUACAAAUUAUAGGUUUCCAUCCCAAAAAUCAGUUGUAGUGAAAAGCCACAAAGUUUGUGUUUUUCUUUGUAUUCAUUGCAAUAAUUGACUGACGACGAGUUGUCCAUUCAGCUACUGUAGAAAAAAAAUUAAUUCAUUAUAUCCAUCUUGAUAACAUGCCGUUAUUUUCAAAAUAUUUGCAUGUAUGAUUGAUUUCUGGGUGAAAACUGAUUUGAUGCAGUUUCCUAUUAACUUUAAAAGAAAAUAAAAUUUUCUCCAGCAUUAAACUUUAUUUAAAAUUUAUUGCAGGCGUCAUAUUUUUAUUGCAGUCUAAACAAAUAAAUAUGCCAUAGCUGCAUACUGUCUACUUCACAGAAGUGUGUCCUUUCUAAAACUGGAGGAUUAAAUAGAUUUAUUUCUGCAACAUAUAAGUCAGUAUUAUGAUAAUGUCCUUUAUGAAUUGUUGCACAUUUAGGCUUUAAAAGUCAUGAAUUUGCAGGCAAAGGAAGGCACCAAAAAUACAUAGAAUAAUAACUUUCAAACAAAAUUAGGUGAAUUUAAGAAGACAUGAAUAAAAACACUGGACUGACAGUUUGGAUUCAAAUUAAAAAGGUUAAAUCAAGACUAGGCUUCUCCUUAUUAUUGUCUUCAUGUUCUGUCUGGAGAUCUUAUUGUUGCAAAGUCAGUAACUCAGUGCUGCUUGAUAUCCUUAGAUAAAAAAUUUUGCAAAUUUGAAUCAACUGAAUUUUUACUGCACUGAUUAAUAACUAAACUGAAAUUGUAAUAUAAUUUAUAUAGUAUGUUUAGAUUGUAUUUAGAUUGCUGUUUAUAAUUUGGCUAUUUUUUGUUAAUGUACCUUGAUAUUGUAGUUUACAUCCAUCAAGCUAUAUAAAAUAUCUGGAUUAAAUAUAAAAUAAGAUAAAUAUGACAAAGUUAGAGAGCAGAAUAUAGAAAGGAUGUUUUAUGGAAAUCUGAGAAAAACGGCAGCCAGGAAGUGAUUUCAGGGACACAUGAGACACAAACAUGUAUAUUAAAGAGCCAACAAUUAAUCUGAGUAGAAUGAAAAUAAAAAUGUGUCCUUUGGUAAUUAACUUGUACUACGUGAAACAAAGUGAUUAAACCGAAUUUAAUUGC